UUUAUCUCUCCUCGCCACUCCCCACCUCUUUUAAAGACAGCAUUUCCUUGUUUCCUAGGCUGGCCUAGAACUCUUGGAUUCCAACUAUAUCAUCUUGCUUCAACUUGCUGAGUAACUGGGACUACAGCCCCACCCCACAGCAUGGAACCACAGGUUACUCUAAAUGUGACUUUUAAAAAUGAAACUCAAAGCUUUCUGGUUUCGGAUCCAGCAAAUACAACUUGGGCUGAUGUUGAAGCUAUGGUAAAAGUUUCAUUUGAUCUGAAUAAUAUUCAAAUAAAAUACCUGGAUGAGGAAAAUGAGGAGGUAUCCAUCAAUAGUCAAGGAGAAUAUGAAGAAGCACUUAAGAUGGCUAACAUUAAGCAAGGAAACCUACUACAGAUGCAAGUCCAUGAAGGGUACCAUGUUGUAGACGAAGCAUUCCCUCAAAUUGUAGUAGAAAAACAGGCGGCUGCCAGGAAAGGGAAGAAGCCACUUGCACAUUAUUCUUCAGUGGUGAGAGUCUUGGGAUCAGAUGUGAAGACCACAGAGGAGCCUGUGGCACAGCCAUGUCCACGUGCUCCUUGUGACACGGACCAGCCUCAUGACAAGCCCCCAGACUGGUUCACAAGCUACCUGGAAACGUUCAGAGAACAAGUGGUUAAGGAAACGGUCGAGAAGCUUGAACAGAGGUUGCGGGAGAAGCUUGUCCUCCAGAAGUCGGCCUCGGAAGUCUCGAUGUCUGUUUCAAAGGACCAGUUCAACUGGCAUCUUGCUUGCAAUCACUGCUACAAAAGGAUCAUAGGUGUGCGUUACCAGUGCAGCGUGUGCCCAGCCUACAACCUUUGUGAAGAUUGUGAAGCUGGGCCCUAUGCCCAUAGCCGUAGCCACGUCCUGCUAAAGUUUCGGAGACCUGUUGUGGUUCCUUCCGACCCAUUUUCCCACUUAAAGGGUCCCCAUCCUCGUCUGCCUCCUGCUCUUGAACAAAUCAGGAUCCAGAAACAGGUGGAUAAGAACUUUGUGAAAGCAGAAAAGCAAAGGUUGCGUGCUGAGAAGAAACAGCGGAAAGCAGAGGUCAAGGAGCUUAAAAAGCAGCUUAAACUCCACAGGAAGAUUCAUUUGUGGAAUUCAAUCCACGGAUUCCAGAGUCCCAGGUCCCCUCUAGGCCGACCUGAGAGCUUGCUGCAGUCCAACACCCUGAUGCUUCCUUUGCAGCCCUGUGCCCCAGUUAUGCCAACGCUCAGUGCAGCAUUUGUGGAUGAGAAUUUGCCUGACGGGACUCAUCUUCAGCCAGGAACCAAGUUUAUCAAACACUGGAGGAUGAAAAACACAGGAAAUGUGAAGUGGAGUGCGGACACAAAGCUCAAGUUCAUGUGGGGAAACUUGACAUUGGCUUCUGCAGAAAAGAAGGAUGUUGUGGUUCCCUGCUUGAAGGCUGGCCAUGUGGGAGUUGUGUCUGUGGAGUUCAUCGCUCCAACCUUAGAGGGAACAUACACUUCGCAUUGGCGUCUUUCUCACAAAGGCCAGCAGUUUGGGCCUCGGGUCUGGUGCAGUAUCAUAGUGGAUUCUUUCCCCUCUGCUGAUAGCCCUGAUAACAUGGAAAGGGGCAUGAUCAGCUCAAGCAAAGCUGAUGAGCUCGCCUGUGAGCAAGAGGAAGCUUUUCUUCUUGCUGAAGAAGAGAUUCCGUUGGCUGAAGUGAGGAAGCAGACAGAAGGGACAGGAACCAGCAUCCCCCAGAAGACACAGAACGUCACCAACGGGAGAGAACUGUACAUUCCGUCCGUGGACCUUCUGACUGCCCAGGACCUGCUGUCCUUUGAGCUGCUGGAUAUAAACAUUGUCCAAGAAUUGGAGAGAGUGCCCCACAACACCCCUGUGGAUAUGACUCCCUGCAUGUCUCCUCUGCCACAUGACAGUCCUUUAAUAGAGAAGCCAGGCUUGGGGCAGAUACAGGAAGAGAGUGAAGGGGCGGGAUUUAAAGCACUUCCUGAUUCCACUCUAUCAGCAAAGAGGAAGACUGAGGCCCCUGCUUCAGUGGAAGAAACAGAGGAAGACCUGAGUGGGACCCAGUUUGUGUGUGAGACUGUAAUCCGAUCCCUUACCUUGGAUGCGGCUCCGGACCACAACCCACCUUGUAGGCAGAGGUCCCUGCCAAGGGAAUUACAGCUGCAAUCCACAGAGGAACAGCAGCCAGCUGUGCUGCCUGGGUUCUGCAGGAAGGAUUCUUCUUCCUUGAAAUUUGCCUUGCCUGAAGAAGGACCACUUGGAGAUGAGAGGGAAGAGAUUGUCCACAUUGCUGAGGAGGAAGAAGAGGAACUCCAAGAUGACGUAGAAAGUCAGUCUUCUGCUUCCUCUGAAGAUUAUAUCAUCAUCCUGCCUGAGUGCUUUGACACCAGCCGCCCCCUGGGAGACUCCAUGUAUAGCUCUGCACUCUCACAGCCAGGCCUGGAGCGAGGGGCUGAAGGCCAACCUGGGAUCGAGGCUGGGCAGGAACCAGCUGAGGCUGGAGAGAGACCCCCUGAAGGGGAGAGCCAGCCACAGGAGCAGAGCAUCAGUGACAUCCUCACGACCUCACAGACGCUGGACACAGUGCCCCUAGUCCCCGAGGUGGUAGGACUUCCACCCCCACUGUCCAGGAGCUCCCCUUGCGUACAGCACGGGUCCCCAGGAGUGGAUUCACCAGUUACCAUCCAAGAAGUUCCUUCAGUCCCUGACCAGGUCAGAGGAGAGCCCAGAGGCUCAUCGGGACUUGUCAGCAGCAGACAGAAGAGCUGUGAGCACUCAAGGCACCACAGUGGGAGCGGCAUUGCUGGAGGACUGGUGAAGGGGGCUUUGUCUGUUGCGGCCUCUGCGUACAAGGCCCUGUUUUCUGGGCCGCCAGUCACUGCACAGCCCAUCGUUUCUGAAGACCAGACAGCAGCCUUGAUGGCCCAUCUCUUUGAAAUGGGAUUCUGCGACAGGCAGCUGAACCUAAGGCUGCUGAGAAAACACAAUCACAACAUCCUGCAGGUUGUGACAGAGCUCCUUCACAUCAACAACAAUGACUGGUACAGCCACCGCUAUUGAGGACCCAUCUUGUAUUAAAUAACUGCCUGCUGCUCAGA